CUGCUUGUCGUAAAUUUUUUCUCGUCCCUACGUUGGCGUCAUCUUACCUCGUUCUUUCCUUCCGAUCCGCCCCCACUUUGUUCUCUUCCGACGAGGGACAAGUCCUCGUCUUCGUAUCUUCCAAAUCCAUCCUCAAAUCCAAGCAGAAAACAGGAAUCAAAACCCUAACCAUCGUUCCAUCCGAUCCAAGAUCUCUUCUUUUUAAGAAAACCCUAGCCGUCCCCCUUGAUUCGCCCGCCAAAGAUCAGAAUGUUCCAGUUUAAUAGAUCUUAACGCCUUAGAUCUUCUUCCUUACUCCGAUAUCUUCUCCCCCUUUUUCUCUUCUCCGAUCGAGGGUGGGAUUGUUAACGCUGAUCUCUGCUAGAAGGCUCCAGUAAUGAGGGUUUAUGUUCGUCUUUGUUCCGAUCUCCGAACUGGAGUCAUCUGCGAUCUCUCUCCUUCGAAAGGUUAGAUAUUUGUGUAUUAAAGUAGGUUUUGUAAGCUGGGAAUGGAGAGGAUUGGAGCUCUGGCGGCGAUCCUCUUGGUUUUGGUCGUGGCACCAGUGCCCGAUGCUUCGUCUCGUAUUCUAAUGGCCGAUGGAAGGGGAGGCGGGAAGAUCGACUCGGAAAAGGUGUCUCCGUCUCCUACUCCGAAUCCUUCACCAGAAACCAGCGUUUCUGGGUCGAGCCAGAAACCGCAGGAGAAAUCACACCUAUCCCCUUCACGCGCUACGAAUUCCUCUACAGGGGACCCUGACGGAAGUGAAGAUCUUACCAAGUCGGGAAGCCCUACGGAUAGAAGUCAGGUGGAUUCAUGUCAUGCAUCAUCAAAAAAAUGCCAAAAGGGUGAAUUGAUUGCUUGUCUUCAAUAUUCUGAAAAUGAUUCCAAGAAAUUAUUACUUUUAGUCCAGAAUACAGGGGAGAAUAAUAUGACUGUGAAAAUUAAAGCAUCACCUAUCAAAAUUAAUGAUGGGGAGAAACAAAUAGCCAAUGGGAGUACCACAAAGAUUCCAAUAAAUGCGGCAAAAGGCUUAGAAAUGACAAUUGUUCUAUAUGUUGGAAAUGAGAGUUGUACUCUUCAAACCAAGGCUUCUUCUGACUGGAAUCCUUUCCAGCUGUUGCCUGCUUAUGCUGCCCAUCUGACACCCAUUUAUGGCGCCUACUUUUUGUUUGUUACCAUGGUUAUUUCUGGAGGUGCAUGGGCUUGUUGCAAGUUUAGGAGGGGAAGGAGAGCUGAUAGAAUACCAUAUCAGCAGCUUGAGAUGGGAACGCAAGCACAGUCUACUUCAGCAGUUGUUGACUCAGACACAGUAGAUGGCUGGGAUGAGGGCUGGGAUGAGGAUUGGGAUGAGGAUGAAGCAGCGCCACAGCCUUCAGAAAAACAUACCACAGGAAGUGUUUCAGCAAAUGGUCUCACUUCAAGAUCUCCCAGAAAAGAUGGGUGGGAUGUGGAUUGGGAUGUUUAGUCCCUCAACAAGGCAGAAAGAGAGUUGUUAUUUAGGGAGAGGGAAAGGAUCAUAAGCUAUCCCUAGAAGAAAGUUAUCGAUACUGUGGCUUCCUUGGGAAAAACUUACAUAUGAUAGUGCCAAGAAAAGAUGUUCAUGUUUAGGAUGUUCAGCCUAUUUGUGGAAGAAGAAAACAGGAGUUUUGUUGGAAGAAAUUUUGUAUGAUAGAUUUUUUCCUUUUUUAUGUUUCUAAUUGGUGUUUGAACAAGACGUUUGUUAGUUGAAUUGGAAACCCUUUGAGGGGCUGUAUCUGUUUAGAUUGCCGCGAAGGCUUCUGAAUUGAGGGGACCUUCCAUGCAGACAUCAGAUGGGAUCUGCCUGGCUGCCACCUGCCCAUCCUUGAUGAGGAGCUUUAAUCCAACCUGGACAGUUUUAAUGCUACCAAUGCUCCACCCAUCUGCCAAGUCCAUAAGCUAUAAUAGGUUUCCUCCUGUCAAGAGUACGGAGUGAAGCACCAAUACAGCACUAAUCACCAUCGUUCAUGAUCUAUACUUUUUGAAUAAAAUAAGCAAAACAAUGUGGAUUUCGGGAUGCUGCUAUUUGUAAUCUAUAUUGGGGCCAUCCAAUGUCUGUUUGAAGUGUUAAAAUUAUGUACUGUGACAAUGAUUGUCAUUGUACUUUUGUUGUUUGCAUGAAAAUGCCUCGGAUUUAAUUAAAGAAGGAAAUUAGAUGACAAAAGAUUGUCAAUUGAUGUCUGAACC